AAUAAAACGACCGCGAUGCCCAAAGUCCUAUAUAGAUCUUACCGACUUGGCUUCCUCUUUCCCCUAUCUCCUGUUCAAUUGACCAGCCGCCUCCUCCUCCACCAUCCCUCUGGAAAGUUCCUCAUCUCCUCCGCCAUGGCCGGAGGUAACCUGUUCUCGAGGGCGCUGGGGUACGUCAUCAACGAGUUCAUCGUCGAGGGCCUCGCCAACAACCGUGCGUUCCAGAGGUUUGCUGUGAGGACCAACAAGACUAUUGAGGGUCUUACAUCUAAAGCUAAAGAAGUGAGGGAGGAGGUAUCGGAGCAAUGGAGGGAUGUUCACGGGCAUGAUGAUCAUUUCAAGCGGUGAUGCCCUGCACAUCUGUCGUCGGCCAAAGUAGUUGCAAACUGUAUAACCCUGCCAUUAGUUUUCCUGUCACUGUGAAAUUGGAAGUUAUGCUGCCCGAGAGACCUUUGUAUAGAAUCCGUAUGAUCUCGGUGUCUUUUCUUGAUUUUAAGUUCACGUAGAACAGACUGUGCCAAAUGGACUGCGCAUCCUACCUGUGGCAUUGUCCUUAGCUAAGCCUCAGUUUGAGCACUGUUAAUAAUAUGUAUCUGUGUUGAAUACGCCAAUCUCCACCAUCAUUUUGUUUUGAGUGGAUCCGAAUUCUGUUAGUAAUCUGAAAUGCUGCCCGAUCAUUUCUGAUUGUAUGGAAAUUGACACUGAGAUUUGCAUGGA